AUGCCCCCCCACGAAGCUACAAUUAUAGAUAUUAUACCUCCAGCCGAAGCUCCCCAUGAAAACAGCCCAGAAAACCCACACCCACACCCACCAGGAGAGCGCAGCAAGAAACGAAAACGCAGCAAGAAACGAAACCGACGAGAGAAUCUUCGAAAUCCACAGCAUGUCAUGCCGGCCGUGACCAUCAUCCUUGCGUUGGCUGCGGUCCUCUUCAACUUGGCGGCAAACGCUCGAACGUAUAUUCAGCCACCGACGGAGUCGCUUGUGGAUUGUGCAUGCUCACACGGGCCUUGCCGGUGUGUCCCCUUGAUCUAUUACUUCUCGUUAAUUGCAACCUUCGGUCUAGUGCUGUUGUUUUGGGGCCUCCUUGUGGUAAGUUUUCACUUGCCAUUUAUCUUUCUAACUUGGGGAGGCAUGUUAUUUGUUUGGAUUUCAUAUUGGUUUAUACAACCUUGUACUGGUAUUUUUGGUUGCCCUUCGGCUGUCUCCUACAACCUUGGUGGAUAA